AUGGCCCUUCGGCCGCUGUCGUUCACCGGGGUUGAAUUCAAACUCCGUUCAAAAUGGCAACUGCAUUACCUAAGUCAAACAAAGCAGCCACCGUUGGUAUGGACCACCUCGCCUGAUAAGGAGAGGAACAGCAAAGGCGUUAUAUGCGCUCGCGGAACUCCUCUUGGCAGAGUCAAUGGCGCGCCUAAAUUGGAUUCAAGCUCCGACACGCGUAUUCGACGGCCGCGUCGGGAAUGUCGCGGUCACGUUCUGCCUUGGUUCUGGUCUCCAAACGCGAACCAAGUUAUACCCAGGGCUACUCGCUCCUUCAACCUUAUUCUACCAGCUUGA